GCGUAGGCGGGUUGGUAUUUGCAUGAGGGAGGUAGCCACUUGGGUACAGCCACCACCCCGCUUGACCCCUUGAAACGCGGUGCACAUGCCGAUGGGUGUCAAUGACGCUCUUGUUGGCCGACCAUCAUGGCCAGCGUGCCGGCAUGCAAUCAGCAGUGCCAGGAGCAUUUGGGGGAAGCAGGAAUAGGCACAAGGACAGACCAAUGAAUGCCCUGAUUGGUGUUCCCAUGACGGCAUAGGCUGGCGCACGUUGCAGCUUCCCAUGUGUCCACCCGGGCCGCACGAAUGCCGCGUAGGCCUCCCAGAGCCCAGCGAGCUGCUUGCCACCCAACCCAGCCAGACGGACACUACCCUGGGGGUCGCGCGUCAUCGAGCAACGGGCAGACGGGCAGCCAUUAAAUUCCAUAAGAAUCACAGCGCCUCGGCCAAGCUGCCACCAGCCCCAACUCAACCAAACACCCUGCCGGUGUUUGUGCUCUCCAUAAUUACCUCCCAGUCCUCGGCUGCCGCAAUACACACCCCUAUCCAUAUCCCCAUUUUGCCUUCACAUUUUACUUGACCCAGGAGGCAUACCAAUCUUCUAUCAACGAGUCGCGAGCUUGCUGCGUUGGCCAAGCGAGGCACGCAGCUACCUGCCGACCUAGGUAGGCGCCUGUCUGGCCGAGGGAAAUCUACCUGCCUAGACGUUACCUGUUGCCAGUUGCGUGCCAAGGAGACAACGCUCCACCCGCUCCAUUCGCCCCGUCAACUUAAGCUCGGCGCCAUGGCCUCGCUGCUUGUCAAGCUGGCCGCUAAGAAGGCAUUGGAGGACAGGACCAAGAAAAACACCAACAAAGAGGACCCCUUCUACGAGUAUGAGGAGGUCGAGGUGGUCAAGAAAGGCAAGGUCGAGACUCAGUGGAAGAAGGUCGGAAAGAAAGGCAUCCCUCCGGGUGUGAGCCCUCACGAUGCCGAUGUUCUGAAGCAGGUGCGGAGACGGGCGCACCACCUUGACUUGAGCCUCUUCAACUUGUGCGGUAUCAAGUUUGGCUGGAGCUCCGUGAUUGGUCUAAUCCCUGCGGUUGGUGAUCUCCUGGACAUGCUCCUCGCACUGAUGCUUGUCCAGAAGUGCACCAAGGUCGAGGGAGGGCUCCCAAUGAUGAUCAAGUCUCGUAUGUUGCUCAACGUCAUGAUAGAUUUCGUCAUCGGCCUCGUCCCCUUCGUCGGGGAUAUUGCCGACGCGGUAUACAGAGCCAACACCCGCAAUGCUUGGCUGCUGGAGCUAUAUCUUACCAACAAGGCCGCCGAACUAGACAAGCGGGGGAUAUCGACACUGGCCGAUGCCGACCUCGAAACCAACGCUUCGUCUGCAGGAGCGCCUCGAAAGCCUCAGCCGACCAAACAGAAAAACAAGGCACGCAAUCUCAGGACCGACCUCGAGCCGAAUAUUGCUGGCGAAGGAAGGUCUUAGCGAUUCAUAGCUUAGAUGGACAUGCAUUUUGCUUGCUCGGGGGCCGGCAAUAGGCCAUGCCUAGGUGGCAGUUCUGUUUUCAAUAUUGUUUUGCAUUUCUCACUUUCCGCCAAGAACGAGUUACUCAGCUCUAUUUCCGCUCCGGCGCUACGGUCUAUUUCCUUAUCACUAGGGCAGUAAAUGGUUCUGCAGCUACCUCCAAGCUCGCACAGUAAUAAGCCUCCAUCUCUUCCUGAAUCCCAUCAACUCAUUGACUUGUUCGAUUGCCAUGUGGCCUUUACGGCGCCCAAAUUAAAGCUUCAAGCUCACAUAGGGGCAGGCGAAACUCGCAUUGCGCAAAUAUAUUCUGUA